AAUUAGGCCUAUACUUAAUGGUUUUCACAAUCGUUUAGAUAUGUAUCGUUGAUUUUCUUUUCUCUCAAAUCACACCUUUUUGUCGUUGCAGAGAUUUAAUUAUUAAGAAUCGAUCUGUCCGGAAUUCUAGCAACAUUUUAUUUGAGAAAGGUGCGAAUUGGGAUCGUGUCUAUCCUGUAGUAAACAGAUUUGUUGUUUCAAUAGCCUAUAUAAUGCGCGCGUAAUUUGUACUGCCACUCUCCAUUAGAUUACGGAGGUUGCGUCCAGGGGGUGGGACGGCGUGAACUUCUCGAAAUCAGAAAACACACUGGCAACCUUCUUAAAACACCCAUUGCCGAGGACACUAUUUGUAAACUUGUGUUUUGGAAAGGUCGUAUCCACCAGUCCCAUCUACCCCUUUUCACAGGAAAGCACUCCUACCGACGAGAUGAAUUCAACGUGGAAACAGACUUUGCUUCUCCUUUGCGUGGGUUUCAUAAUAAAAGAAUGCUUCUCAUCCAAGGGGGAGGACCGGCUAUUUCGUCGGCUGUUCCGCAGGUAUAACCAGUUCAUCCGGCCCGUGGAGAACGUGUCCGAUCCAGUGACUGUGGAGUUUGAGGUCUCCAUUUCUCAGCUGGUCAAAGUCGAUGAAGUGAAUCAGAUCAUGGAGACUAAUCUCUGGCUACGACAUAUUUGGAAUGAUUACAAGUUGAAAUGGGCUCCAGCAGAUUACGAUGGAAUUGAAUUUAUACGUGUGCCAUCAAAUAAAAUAUGGAGACCUGACAUUGUGUUGUACAACAACGCUGUUGGGGAUUUCUUAGUAGAAGACAAAACCAAGGCGCUGUUGAAGUUUGACGGUACAAUCACCUGGGUCCCACCAGCUAUCUUUAAAAGCUCUUGCCCAAUGGACAUAACCUACUUUCCCUUCGACUACCAGAACUGCUCCAUGAAGUUCGGGUCCUGGACCUAUGACAAGGCCAAGAUUGACCUUGUGCUCAUCGGGUCGAAGGUCAACCUGAAAGACUUCUGGGAGAGCGGCGAGUGGGAGAUUAUCGACGCCCCGGGAUACAAGCAUGACAUCAAAUACAACUGCUGUGAGGAGAUCUACCCGGACAUCACCUACUCCUUCUACAUCCGUCGCCUCCCGCUCUUCUACACCAUCAACCUCAUCAUCCCCUGCCUGCUCAUCUCCUUCCUGACCGUGCUGGUCUUCUACCUGCCCUCUGACUGCGGCGAGAAGGUCACCCUCUGCAUCUCGGUCCUCCUCUCGCUGACCGUGUUCCUGCUGGUCAUCACCGAGACCAUCCCGUCCACCUCGCUGGUCAUCCCGCUCAUCGGCGAGUACCUACUCUUCACCAUGAUCUUCGUCACGCUCUCCAUCGUCAUCACCGUCUUCGUGCUCAACGUCCACUACCGCACGCCCACCACCCACACCAUGCCCUCCUGGGUGCGGUCCGUCUUCCUCGGUGUCCUGCCCCGGGUGAUGCUGAUGCGCCGGCCCAUCGACCAGCAGCCGUCUCCCGAGCGAUUGGGCGGGGCCGGGGCCGCGGGCGGGGACGGCGGGGGCGUGGGUUGCGGCGGGAGGAGCUGCGGGGAAGGGGGCAGGAAGCGGAAAAGCGCCACCCGCCACCCGCAGGACGGCGUGAACUGCCUGGAGUACGGCGAGAACAAGAUGGCCGCCGACCCCAAGAAGUGCCCCUGCCAGCAGGGCAAGGACGCCCCCGUGCUCCCGGAUUCCAGCAAGCUCAGCCGGCAGCUGACCUCGCCGCCCGUAAACACGGUGGUGGCCUUCUCCGUGGUGUCGCCCGAGAUCAAGCAGGCUAUCGAGAGCGUCAAAUACAUCGCCGAGAACAUGCGGAGCCGCAACAAAGCCAAAGAGGUGGAGGAUGACUGGAAGUACGUGGCCAUGGUCAUCGACCGGAUCUUCCUCUGGGUGUUCGUGCUGGUCUGUGUGCUCGGGACGCUUGGCCUGUUCCUCCAGCCCCUCAUCGGUUUCUUCACAUAGGGUGCCCUCUCUUCCCCCUCCCCCCCAUACCCACCAUCAUUUGGUACCUCUCCAUGCUCUCCGGAAAGACAAAAAAUAAACACAAAAAAAAAAAACAGUGGCACCUCCUUUAGCCCAAGAGGACAAUCAUUUCCUACCAUAAAGUAUUUUAUAUGUUAUAAUAUUUAAUUGUAUUUAUUAAAUUAUAUUAUUAAUUUCUCCUUCCGAAUGUUGAUUAUAACAAAAUUGUGGCAUUUUGGCAUCUCCAACCAUGUGUACUACACAAGUCCGUUGAUAUAUGAGCAGCUUUUCAAAUAAAAGAUGCAGAGCACUGAUUCAUAAUAUUAAACACGUAGCUGCAUGAAUUCUGGGUAUCAUUUCAAUGCACUAAACUGUUUAUUUUUAGAAAAAAUGGAUGAAUUAUGUAUGAAUUAAAGAUUUGUUUUUUGUA